AUGGCUGAUCAUCGGCAACUCAGCCUCUUACUCCCUUUCCACCCGGCUUUCGCUCUCCUAUACCUUGAUUAUCUUCCAAACAGUCAUGGGCCUGCUCAUGACCAUCAUCUUCAUUGGAGCCGCCGAGUCCUUCGCCGCCGGGUUCGUCCCGCCCGAAAUCAGGGAGAAGAGUCUCAGCUAUGUCCGCCUGUCGGCGGCGGUGGCGCUGACCAGCGCGGUGCAGAUGGCUGUGGCGAGCUGUACGAGGGCGAUGGAUUGGCCGGAUGUGCCGCUUGUGGUGAGUUCGGUGGGCUUUGCGGUGAAUAUCGUGUUGGAUAUGUUGUUUUUGUCGUGGUUUCACGUGGGGGAGUGAAGCCGACGGUGUUGGCGCAGGCGGGGAUUAGGUUGGCGUGUGAUGUGACGAGUGCGGCGGCGGGGCUAGGGUAUUUUGUUUGGGUUGCGAGGAGGAAGGUAAGAGAACAUGGGCGUGUAGAUGGUGAAGGAAUGGGGAAAACUGCUUGGUGGUGGACGGCGGGGUUCUGGUUGAUGGCUAAGGAGGCGGUUUACACGUUCGCGGAGUCAGCGGUGAGAAACGCGAUCUACUUGUGGUUGGUGAAUAGGAUCAUUGGCCUGGGGGCGGAUUACGCGACGGCUUGGGGAGUGUUUAACACGAUCAGGUGGGGGCUGGUGAUGGUUCCGGUUCAGGCAUUGGAGACGUCCGCGUUGACUUUUGUUGGACAUCAGUGGGGAGUAUGGAAGAAGCAGAAGGAGGGGGUUUCCAAGCCUGCUGCGAGUUGGAAGGAGAUCAAGAGAAUCAGCCGUCCGGCGAUUAACUCGGCUCUUGUGUUCUUUGGCGGUUGA